UGGAGAUGAGAAUACAUGGGAAGACUGUUCAACAACAGAAUGAAGGGUGGAGUGAAUGAUAAUGUGACUAUAACAGCCUACAUUACUGCAUCACUACUUGAACUAGAAACUCCAGUAACAGAUCCUGUCGUCAGUAAAGGUUUGUCCUGCUUGAUGUCUGUCAUUGAGGAUGUCAAAAACACUUACACCACUGCUCUGCUCGCCUACACCUUCAGUCUGGCUAAAGACACAGACACUCAACAGCAGCUUUUCAAGAAACUGGAGGAUGUUGCUAUUUCAGAUGGGUCUCAUCUCCACUGGUCUCAGUCUGCUUCUGCUGAUGACUCUGAUUCUCUGGCAGUGGAGAUCAGCUCAUAUGUGCUGCUAGCUGUUCUCUCUGCUGAUUCACUCACUACAGCUGAUCUGGGCUUUGCUAACAGGAUUGUCAGCUGGUUUGUGAAGCAGCAGAAUGCCUAUGGAGGAUUCUCCUCCACACAGGACACAGUGGUGGCUCUUCAGGCUCUGUCUUUGUAUGCUACCAAAGUGUUCAGCGCUGACGGCUCCAGCACAGUGACUGUACAGUCAGCAGCAGACACUCACCACUUUGAUGUCAAUCAGGACAAUAAGUUACUGUACCAGGAGAAGCAGCUGCAGGACGUCCCAGCCAAAUACAGCAUUGAAGUGAAUGGCUCAGCCUGUGUGUCUGUGCAGGUGGCUCAGUUCUACAACAUCCCGACUCCUACUGAAGCUAAAACACUGAGCAUUGAUGCAAAGAUUGAGGGAGAUUGCAAAACACUGGGACAAAAUUUCCUUCUGAACUUCACUGUCAAAUAUCAUGGUCCCCAGGAGAUGACUAACAUGCUCAUUGUGGAUAUUAAACUUUUAUCAGGAUUCACAGCUGACACAUCAUUGCUUACAAUGUCAAUUAGUUCAGAAGUCCUUGCUCAGAAGUAUGUGGAGUGGGUUGACACAAAAGAAGACCAUGUCAUAGUUUAUUUAACAGAGAUUCCAAAACAUAUUUCUAUGAAUUACAAAAUGCAAAUGAAACAGGUUCUUCCAGUGAAGAAUCUCAAGCCAGCAGUGGUCAAAGUGUAUGAUUAAUACCAAACAAGUGAUCAGUCGGAGACCGAGUACUCCUUCCACUGUCAAUAAGGUCAUGCACUUCAGUCCUGCAGCUCAAAGUAUAAUGACACAGAAUACAAAAUGUCUUUUUAAUACUGUAUGAGUAGUUAUUCUUAGUGGCAUUGUUUUAUUUCAUUUGUAAUUUUUAUGUAUGCUUUUAUAUGUGUACUCAGUGGCAGCAGGCCACUCACAAUUUUAUUUAUAAUUUGUUCUUAUCUUUUAACAGAACUUGUUUGAACCUAUUAUGGAAAAUAAAGAUUUUAGAGAUUGUUCAUGCAUAA